UAAAAAAAAUAAUAUUAUUUUAAUAAUUACAUUUUUUAUAAAAAGGUUUAUUCAGUAUUGGAUGAAAGCAUUCGUUGUGAAGUUGAAGAAUAUAAAGUUAUACAUGUUGAUAAUAAGGAUGAGGUUUGUUCAGUAUUGGAUGAAAGCAUUCGUUGUGAAGUUGAAGAAUAUAAAGUUAUACAUGUUGAUAAUAAGGAUGAAGGAAAAUUGUCAGUAGCAAAAGCAUUAAAUUGUAGUUUGGAUGGGAUGGAACUAAAUGAACAUUUAAGUGAUAUGACCAAAGUGUAUAAACGGUUUGGAAAAAAAUUUUCUCAAAAGAAUAAAGAAUUGAACAAUGAUAUUCACAGUAGAGUUGCAAUGAAUGAAAAUGAGCAAAUGAAAAUGGGAAGUAUGUUAACAGGAUUUAUGAAAGUUGGUUUAGUUUCUGAGGCUGAAAAGCUGUUCCAACAAUGGAAAAGUAAUAUAAAGAGUGAAAAAUGCAAUGAUUCCAAAGAGUCAAAAAAGUAUGUCCGUCAAAAGGUUAGGUGCACAAAAGAAGACUGCGAUGCAUACAUAAUUGAUCUUCCAAGACAUCUAAGAAAUAUAAAUAAUAUUGAUCCUGAAACAGCAAGGAAAGCAAGAGGGUUUUUUGAUCUAAGAAAAACAAGAUCUGUAGAUGAAGGUGAAAAAUCUAAAAAUAAAACAAAAUACAGAUGUCCUAUUUGUAGCAUUGCUACAAAAAAUAUACAUGAUCAUCUUUAUAGAUCUCCGCAUUAUCUUAAAAAUAAUUUGCCUAAAUAUAGAGAGAUGCUCAGCAAAAAGCAACUUCAUAUUGAAAGUAAACAAUUUACAGUUUCACUAUCACAAACAAAAAAACAAUCUGAAUUGAUUGAUAUUAAGUCUGCUUUACCAAAUUCAACCAGGUCAGGAUUGAUGAAAACAUUGCCAAAUGAAGUCUGUUUUAAAUCUUCUUGCUUGCCAAAUGAACAUAAUAGUAAUCCUUGCAUUGAUGCAUUAAAUGCAGAUGAUUAUAUUUGCAAUGAUUUUGAUGAAACAAAUAAUACAAUUGAAAAAGGAGAAAAUAACCAUAUUUGUUUUCAAGAUUAUCUGCAUACGUUUCCUCUUUAUUUAAAAAGUCCGUCUGGAGGAAAGAAAGAUCCCCAAGCUGCAUUAAAUAAAAUGCAUCAAAUUAGAAGAAUAGCAGAAGUCAUUUCACCUAACUCUCUAAUGCUACACAAUUUGACUACUAUAUGUUAUACAAGUCUUUUAGACAUUAAACUGCUACAAGAGAAAUAGUUUUUCGACAUCAAAGUGUCAACUGGCAACAUCAAAGAAUCUAAAUCACAAAGUCUAUUUUUACAAACUGAUAUUGAAAAAAAGGUUUUAAAUUACGUAGAAAACCCUGAACUUUCGCCACUAUUAUUUUCUGAACCCAGUGAAAGUGAAAGUGACGAGGAAUAUAACUUUCAACCUACUUCAUAUUCAAUACAGCCAAAAAAAUCUUAGACAACGGAUGAAAUUAAAUGAGCUGCAUAAAUUGUUUAACAUUUCUGAUACUUUAAGAUUGACUCAGCCUUUAAUACGUCAAGUUGUUGCAGAAAAUGAAAUUCUAAAAUUUCGAUCUUCAAAGCAAAUAUACGACAAAUUGCUAAAUUUAAGGAAAUGUAAAGUGGGAGUACUAAAUCAAAAUGAAGAUCAGUGUUUAAAGGUUUCAUUCAAUUCAGAACUAUUAAAAAUGAUAAAAAAAUUAUUCUUCUUGACUAUAUCUGGUCACAAUAGUGUUACACAAGCUAAUGUGACAAAUGUUAUUAAUCAAAAUAAUGAAGCCAAAG